AGAUACACACAGAUAGAGUGCUGAAACACUGAAGAGCAGCGAGAAGCGCAACAUCGGACCUGCAACACAUUCCAAAAAAAGUUGGGAUGGGGAGAUUUAGGGAAUGAAUAAUGAAGUUCGAACAUCCUGUGGGAUACCAACUGAUCAUCCUGGUGCUCUUCACCCUACUGUGUUUGGAAGGAUUAGUCUACCUUCUGUACAUGUCGUCUAGAAGUUUGCACUUGGGUAAUAAUGAAAUGCCAAAGUGCAAUAUUGUUAAAAAAGAAGAAGAAGACACUGUGGUUUUGAUUUGGAGCUGGCCGUUUGGACAUUGGCACAAUCUGGGGACACACAAGCUCUGCAGCAAGCUGUUCAACAUCAUGGGCUGUCGCUUAACAGAUGACCGAGGCGAGUACGACAAAGUUCAUGGAGUCAUAUUUCAUCACAGAGACAUCUACGAUAACGUGUUUGAGCUGCUGGGGAUGAGGAGACCACCGCUGCAGAAGUGGGUUUGGAUGAACAUGGAGUCUCCUAGGAAUUCUGAGAGGCAAGCCGAGUUUGACGGGUUGUUCAACCUGACGGCGAGUUAUCGCAGAGAUUCGGAUAUCUGGGUUCCUUAUGGGAGAAUCAUAGAAGCAUCUAAGGAGGGCAAAACCUUUAAAAUUCCACUGAAGGACAAACUUGUCUGCUGGAUCGUCAACAACUGGGACGUACAAUUUAAACGAGUCCAAUAUUUUGAAGAAUUAAGGAAACACAUUCAAAUAGACAUAUACGGUGGGGCAUUUGAAAGAAAACUAAGUCAAAAAGAGUAUUUCAGAAUCUUGCUGAGCUGUAAAUUCUACUUAUCAUUCGAGAACUCCAUCUACAAAGACUACUUCACAGAGAAGCUGUUUAACCCCAUGAAAGUCGGCACGGUUCCUGUGGUUCUUGGUCCACCCAGGGAGAACUAUGAGGAAUUCCUUCCAGCAGAUUCAUUCAUUCAUGUGGACGAUUUUGAGUCCCCUCAGGAACUGGCAGAACAUCUCAAAUUUCUGGACCAGAAGCAGGAAGCUUAUGAAGAGUACUUUACCUGGAGACAACACUUGACUGCUGAAGUGACUUAUUUCCCUCUGGAACAGGCUUGUCGUAUUUGUGAUCAUAUAAAAAGACACAAAGGCUACAGUGUGUUUACAAAUCUCAAUAAAUGGUACUGGGAUUAGCUAGCAUGUAGCUAGCAUGACAUCAGCGAAUUAGAAUUCUGGAAAAAAAAAUUGGCAUAUAAAAUACUCAAAGGUUCUAAAUGUUUUUAAAAUAUCUAAAUGUCUUUAAAAAUUAGCAUCAAAACUCAACAAAAAUCUUUCACGACUAGUGUUGUCAUCAAGACCAUCGAAACUGAGACCAAGUCAAGACCAGGAGCAGACCAGUGGGUGUGCAGAGGGGUGGGGGAAGGGCAACAGCCGUUAACAGGAAGAAAAAAAAUUCAAAUUAGCAAUGAGUCACGUCACUGGUUACAUUUGAAGGAGGAAAUUUUCCAUCCAAUCACAGUAACGAUGUUAACAAUAAAUCAGACAAUUUAGUCAAAUCCCCACAGUUGGAGUCUUGAAGUAAAACCCUGAGUCCUCUACGUCCGAAGCUGAGUAAAAAUGCAGUCGAUUCUGAGACAAACCCAAGACCUUCAGAAAGUGGUCUUGAGACCGGACUUGAGUUCUACAACACUAAUGACAACACAAGGAAAAGGUAACAGAUUAAAUCUCAAAAACUCCCAAAAAGAUCUUCCUUUUUUUCAAGACCUCUCAUAAGAAAGGAUACGUUUACCUCUUAAAACAUAAUAAAUCAAUCUUUAAGCAGAAAUGGUAGUGUUUAAAAAUCCCAGUAAAAGGCACUGGGGUUAGUGAGAAAAGGGAAUGAAGUCAAGAACGUUUUGGGAAAAGUACAUUUUUCUGUACACUCACUGGCCACUUUAUUAGGAACACCCCUACAUUCCCCCCCCCCCCUCGCUGUUUUCUGCAAUUCUCUAAUCAGCCGAUCCUUUGAUGUAUUAAAUCACGCAGAUACAAAUCAAGAGCUUCAGUUAAUGUUCACAAUGUUCAAACAUCAGAAUGGGAAAAACUGUGAUCUCAAAGUGUGACUUUCUUUCUUUCACUGUGGUAUGGGUGUUGGUUUGAGCCAGAUGGUUUAAGUUGGUUUGAGUAUUUCAGAAACUGCUGAUCUCCUCCUGGGGUUUUCACACACAACAGUCUCUAGAGUUUACACAGAAUGGUGCCAAAAACAAAAAACACUGAGUGACUGAGCGACAGUUCUGUGGAUGGAAACAAACGCCUUGUUGAUAAGAGAGGGUCAGAAGGACAGAUCGGUUCAAGCUUUUUUGCCAGGAAGGAUAUAGUAACUCAUAUAAUCACUCUUUACAACCGUUGUGAGCAGAAAAGCAUCUCAACAUGAAACAGCAGAAGAACACAUUGGGUUCCACUCCUGCAGCCAAGAACAGGGAUCUUAUGCCGCUUUUCCACUACCAACGCGGCUGAGUUGGGCUGAGCCAUGCCGUACUGAGUCGAGCUGAGUGGGGCUGUUGGAGUUGUAUUUCGACUACAACCGCGCUGAACCGUGCUGGCUGGAAGUGGGUGGACACAUUGGGUGGAGUUAGCAAAAGUGGGUGGACGUCACGUGAUGUCGUUAGGCGGCGCAAACAGUGACGUCAGUGACCUUUUAAGCGGUAGUCUCACGACCCGGAUAGUAAACAAUAAACAUGGAGGACAUGGAGUCGUUAGUGUUGCUGGUCUUGGUGCUGUGGCUUGUUGUCACCGACAACGCCAACAGAUACUGGCAAGAGCGUAUAGAUGAGGUGAGGCGCAUAAGGCUUCAGAAAUUCUCGUAAUUCUUCUUCCGGGUUUACGGUGUUUACAGAUCCCAGCGCGCUCGCGGGGCAUGUGAGGACACUCCUCCUCACCAAUCAGUGCACAGGGGAGUGUCUCCUCACGCCCCUAGCCUCACUCGGCUCGGUUUGGCUCGCUUCAGCCCCACUCCAAAACCGUGCGAGUUUUGGGUGCUGAGCAGGGCUGAAGCGAGCUGAGUCGCGCCGCUCUGAGGUAGUCGAAACGCGAGCCGUGUCGGGCUGAAGUGAGCUGAAGCGAGCUGAAGUGAGCUGAAAAAGGGUAGUGGAAAAGGGCCAUUAGAAUCAACAACAAGUUCCUAUUAAAGUGGCCGGGGAGUGUAGAUUGACUUGUCAGUGCAGGACAUGAAAGAUCUGUGUAUCAUUUUAUUUUCAGUUCAGAAACAGAAAUGAAUAACAAAAAACAUUGUCAUAGUUUGUUUUCCUGUUGUAAAAGAGAAAAUAAAAUCGCAUGAGAACAAAAAUAGAAAAUAGCCAGUUUUUUCAUUUUCUGGAACCGGAAGUCAUCCACAUGAGCAUGUCCUAUAAACCAGUAUUUCUCACCCACUGGGCCGCAGCCCAUUAGUAGGUUGCGAUUUUUAUUUUUGAAGGCAAAUACUAAAUAGUUCAGAAUGUCAUAGUGUCCCAAAUCUGGUAGCUGGUUUAUCGUACACUUUUCAAGUGGAAUAAAUACAUUUGUGGGUAAAUUAAGAAGAACAAGCCUUUAUUUUUGUCACAUUCCUCCUCUGUGUUUAACCUCCAUGUGCACAGAGAGAGAGAGAGAGAGAGAGAGAGAGAGAGCACAGUGGGCAGAAUAAAUGAAUACAUUUGUGGGUAAAUUAUAUGGAUCUAUGAUGCCUGCUGGAAGAGAAGAGCAGGGAGGAUUGGGAAUCAAGCAGCUGUAGUUUGUUCACACCCAAUACUAAAAAUUGUAGCGUCCUAGCAACCAUCACAAAGAUACGUACAAAAAGCCCAGAAACUCCUGCUUACCUGGGCAAAAACGAUACAGGAUUUAUCUUGUAGUGUCCUGAUCCCCAGAUCUUUAACCCAGCCACAUAUAAACAGUUGUUCUCCUCCAUGCUCUUCCAGGUUUUCAUCUGUGUGUCCGUGUAGAAUGAUGUCUGCAGCACCAGCACUGAGAUGUCGGGGAACUCAGCGGAUGGAUAAUUUUCCAACUCAUAAAGAAUGAAUGAAUAACUUUAUUUAAACAUGAUAAGUUGAUCAGCAUAGGUGGUGGGGUCGUGCAUGGACAGAUACAAAUAAUUACAAACACAAAAGACUAAAAAUAUUCACAAUCUUUAAAAUUUUUUUAAAAAUCAUUAAUCCCUUUUGAUUGAGAAUGACCUGCGCAUGGUUUGGCAUCUGGCACAUCCAUACAGUUUUAAAUACAAUACCUACAAUUAAAAACAGUUUGUUUUUACUGCAAUUAUUUAAUUCCUGGGCUCCCAUCUGAGCAGGGAGUGAUGUUGCAUCCCAUUAAUACACUGUACAAUAGAUUAUUAGAUUCUAAUACAACCCCGAUUCCAAAAAAGUUGGGACAAAGUACAAAUUGUAAAUAAAAACGGAAUGCAAUAAUUUACAAAUCUCAAAAACUGAUAUUGUAUUCACAAUAGAACAUAGACAACAUAUCAAAUGUCGAAAGUGAGACAUUUUGAAAUUUCAUGCUAAAUAUUGGCUCAUUUGAAAUUUCAUGACAGCAACACAUCUCAUAAAAGUUGGGACAGGGGCAAUAAGAGGCUGGAAAAGUUAAAGGUACAAAAAAGGAACAGCUGGAGGACCAAAUUGCAACUCAUUAGGUCAACUGGCAAUAGGUCAUUAACAUGACUGGGCAUAAAAAGAGCAUCUUGGAGUGGCAGCGGCUCUCAGAAGUAAAGAUGGGAAGAGGAUCACCAAUCCCCCUAAUUCUGUGCCGACAAAUAGUGGAGCAAUAUCAGAAAGGAGUUCGACAGUGUAAAAUUGCAAAGAGUUUGAACAUAUCAUCAUCUACAGUGCAUA